AUGUCGACCAUAGGAAGGAAGCAAAAGUCUAUGAAACAAAAUGCCAAAAAAUGCAAUAGCGCUAUACUCAACCAGCAAGCAGUAAGCGCUUCAAAUCCGGUUGCUCACCAAACGCCUAUACUUUAUUCUUCAAACCAACGACAAUCUUCCAAAAGGCACUGCCAAUGUGGGCGUAAUUGCUUUGAAAUUAUGGGGAGACCUGCGUUCUUUGUGGCACCGAUAGCUUCAAGCCAUACCCAAAGCGAGUGGGCCCAUAUGGGUACACCAUACGCUGAAAAUAUGAUCGGAUCGACGUUAAUACCUGUGUAUCCUCUAUACGAGACAUCGGGAAGCGGUCAGCAAUAUGUGCAAUAUACAAGUCCGGCUUCCAUUGGAGCAGAUUCACCGUCUCUCGAAGGGAGUAUCGUCGAAAAUGCAACAUCUCCAUCCGAUUUUCAAGACUACAACAUUGGGUCUAACGAACUUGAAUCCAUCGAUGAUAUGUCCGAAUACUUGGAUGGACUCAGUAGCGAUCCGGCUCUCGAGGAUAAUCUCGAUGGCUUGACCUCUGGGAACCCUUUGCUAGGGUGGGGUCCUGGUUGGGAUCCCGAAGCAAUUCUUUUUAGUGGGUCCGAAACUAAUGGAGCUAUAUUUGAUUUUAAUGACAAUUCAGCUAGAACGGCAUAG